GGGACACGUACUGGGGGCCGAAAAAUUUUUUUUUUAAUUCGCGGCCGACGAGCCGCCCAUGGCCAUGCCAGUGGAAUCCUGUCAAUCCCUGCCAAACAGGUCUCCCGGGGGGCGCAUAGGGUCGGUACUAUACACGUGCAAGCGCCUACGCCGCAUACGCCGCCGCUUCAAGCAUUUUUGGUCGAUUUCUCUCAGUGGCCCACGCAUCCUAAGAUACCGCUCAACAUCAUCCGCGGCCGGUCGCCGUUCCACGGCAUCGCCGGCAUCGGCGAGGAGAAGAAGGAGAAGGGGGAGGUGAAGGAAGAGCCCGCCGAAGCUAUCAAGGCGGCGGCCGCGCCGGCGGCCGCGGCCGUGGCGGCGGCCGCGGCGCCGGCCCCAGCCCCGGCUCCGAAGAAGAAGAAGUGGUUUUGGCAAAAAGACCCGAUCCCGGAAGCUAAUCCUGAAGAAAAGAUCAAGCCCGCGCCUGUGCGAAAAACAUCACGCCAUCGCAUGGGGCGCCUGAAGUUUGAUUUCCACACAGGCCGGCGCCUGCGUGGGCCGUCUACGGCAUGCUCGUCGUCUGGUACGGCGCCGCGCUCGUCCUGAACGGCACCUUCCGCUCCGCGCUCGUGCAGGACCUCGGCGCACGCGGUGCGAAGGAGGCCAUCGCGGCCGAGGCGCGCAUGAAGAUGGGUCUCUA